UCGCUAACAUUUCUCAUUUAGUAAAACAUCAGCAUGGAGUACGGUGUACAGCUGCUAACCAUCGUAUUGGUGGGACUUUCGAUAUUUUGCCAAAGUUCUAAUGGAAAUGAAACCUGUCGUCUGAACAAAGACGCUAACUGCUCAGGGCCCGAGGAGGAAAUGAGGCGUGGGUGCGUGCACUCGGACUGGCUGCCUUGCCUGGACACAUGGAUGAAGUAUGUCGAGAAGCGGAAGGGGUCUCCCACAAACUUUGUCACUCCUGAGACCAAAAAAGACGCCAAGGAGACAUGCAGAGUGUUCAAGAAGGUUAAAAAAUGUGCAUUGAAAGUUCGAGAUUCGUGUUGGGACUUCUCUGGACCUAGAGACUCGGAAUCUAGUAAAACGCUCAGAAUCAUCGAAAGUUCAAUGGACUAUCUGUGUGGAGAGGGGCACGAGGAAUAUAUGAAAAACUUCGACUGCAUUGCUAAGGUCAACUUGGAGGGUCGAGAGAAGACGAUAAAGUGUAACGAUAUGGCGGAGAAAUUAGACGAGAAGAUCCAGAGCGAGCACGAUAUUUCAAGGUCAGCUGCCAAUGCAGAUGUAAAAGCCAGUCUCUGCGGAGGGGCCAGGGAUGUUAUAGAAUGCCUUACCAAGGUCUACCAGCCUUGUGGUGAGAGUGUGCAGAAUAUUAUGAAAACGGUGUACUCGGCAACCAUGUCGGCAUCACUUCAAAAUAACGGCUUCGAGUGUGACUUUCUCAGGAAAAAAGUACAGCAUAAGCGGGACGAAUUAUGAACAGAUGCAAAUAUAGCUUUGUAUGAAGGUUCUUCACUGGCGGCUUGGCAGAUGAACGUGUCGUCCUGUUAAUGUGUAUAUAAGUUUGUAUAUAUUUACUGUGGCGCAAGUGCCUACUUACAAAAUGCAAUUCACAUAUUUGUAAUGUGUAGGUAGAUGCGCCGCACUUGUUAUUUUUGUAGGGAAAAUAAAUUGGGAAUGGAUUUAUA